AUGGAUUAUGUGCCAACUGUGUUCGAUAAUUUCAGCGCGAAUGUGAUUGUGGAUGGGAACACUAUUAACUUGGGAUUGUGGGAUACUGCAGGCAAGUUUACCUUGGAUUUUUGUGGACAAGAGGAUUACAAUAGAUUAAGACCUCUGAGCUAUCGGGGUGCAGAUGUUUUCUUACUUGCAUUCUCUCUCGUUAGCAAAGCUAGCUAUGAAAAUGUUUCUAAAAAGUGGGUUCCUGAACUGAGACAUUAUGCUCCUGGUGUUCCUAUCAUCCUCGUUGGAACAAAACUUGAUCUUCGUGAUGAUAAGCAAUUCUUUGUCGAUCACCCUGGUGCAGUGCCUAUCUCUACCGCUCAGGGUGAAGAACUAAAGAAGUUGAUUGGAGCACUUGCUUAUAUCGAGUGCAGUGCAAAAACUCAACAGAAUGUAAAAGCGGUGUUUGAUGCGGCUAUCAAAGUGGUUCUCCAGCCACCCAAAAACAAGAAGAGGAAGAAGAGAAAAUCUCAGAAAGGUUGUUCUAUAUUGUGA